ACGCAGCUCUCGUAGGCCCUACUCCAGACCGCAGCCUAUAUAAACGCACGUCCAUAGCGUAUACACAGGACAGCAAAACCCCUCGCCGCCGCCGGAGAAGAAGAAGAAGAAGAAGAAGAAGAAGAAGAUCGAAGAACAAGGCAAUGGGGCGCGUGAUCAGGGCGCAGCGCAAGGGCGCGGCGGGUUCCGUGUUCAAGUCCCACACGCACCACCGCAAGGGUCCCGCCCGGUUCCGGGCGCUGGACUACGGCGAGCGGCACGGGUACCUCAAGGGCGUGGUGACGGAGAUCGUGCACGACCCCGGCCGCGGCGCGCCGCUGGCCCGCGUCGACUUCCGCGAACCGGUGCGCUACAAGCACCGCAAGGAGCUCUUCGUGGCCGCCGAGGGCAUGUACACGGGGCAGAGCCUCUACUGCGGCCGCCGCGCCGCGCUCUCCGUCGGCAACGUGCUCCCGCUCGCGGCGCUCCCCGAGGGCUCCGUCGUCUGCAACGUCGAGGAGCGCGUCGGCGACCGCGGCGCCCUCGCCCGCGCCUCCGGCGACUACGCCAUCGUCGUCAGCCACAACUCCGACGCCGGCACCACCAGGAUCAAGCUGCCGUCGGGGGCGAAGAAGGUGGUGCAGAGCGGGUGCAGGGCGAUGGUGGGGCAGGUGGCGGGCGGCGGGAGGACGGAGAAGCCGCUGCUGAAAGCCGGCAACGCGUACCACAAGUACAGGGUGAAGAGGAACUGCUGGCCCAGGGUGCGCGGCGUCGCCAUGAACCCCGUCGACCACCCGCACGGAGGCGGCAACCACCAGCACAUUGGCCACGCCUCCACCGUCCGCCGCGACGCGCCUCCGGGGGCCAAGACCGGCCAGGUCGCCGCACGGAGGACCGGCAGGCGCAGGGGGCAAGACGCCGUCAACGCUGCCAAGGCGUCGCUCAAUUAG